UGACGAAGAGCUUUGAGCUGAGCUCCUGAGACAAGACAAACAAAAAGCUGCAAUUUCUCACCGGAGAAAAACCAGCGGGGCUUUUUAAAAGUGGUUUUAGUGUAAUUUGUCAAGGUUUUGUGGAGUGUCGACAUUUUUGGGAGAGUCUGACUCGGGACGUUAACAAGAAGCUGCGCACAACUUUUUUCCCCCUCCUGCUGCCAUCCUUUUGCCCGACCAGACUUUUGACUAUGCCCGGGAGCCUGGUGCUCUUCUUGCUCUUUUUAUAUGUCACAGCUGUGCGUGGGACCGCCGAGGAGGGCGGCGGCAACGAUGACGUCGUGGACGCUGACGACGCACUCCGCCUAGACUACACCCAACUUCACUGGUGCCACGCGCCGCGCCUCGUCAACGGCGAGCUGUCCUGCCACUCCCCCCGAGGCCGAGCGUAUCGGACCACGCAGGGCACCCGCUGCAACAUGAGCUGCGACCGAGGCUACCGCCUGAUAGGCCGGAGCUCCAUCCAGUGCCUCGCCGACCGCCGCUGGUCCGGCACCGCUGUCUGCCGCAAGAUGCGAUGCAGCGUGUUGCCGCUCAUUCCGCACGGCAGAUACACGUGCACGCAGGGCUUCGUGGCGGACUCCAGGUGCGACUUCACCUGCACGCCCGGCCGCCGCAUCGAGGGGGAGCACAGCCGCACGUGCCGGCAUGGCGGGACGUGGAGCGGCGUGCAGCCCAUUUGUUCAGAUACAGAACCUCCCAAAAUGAGGUGCCCGAGAUCCAGAAUCAAGGUAGCGGAACCUGCAAAACUGACUGCCAGAGUGACUUGGGAUGCACCGGUGGCCACAGACACAGCCGAUAAAAUACUCGACGUGAUCCUCGUGGGCCAGGAGCCCGGCACUGACUUUAAGGAGGGAGCCAACAUCAUCCGCUACAAAGUCUACGAUCAAGCCAGAAACAGAGCUGCCUGCAAGUUUAUCAUUCGGGUCGAAGUCAGGAGAUGCCCCGCCCUGCCCCCCCCGAUGCACGGCUCGCUCGCCUGCUCCUCCGACGUCACCAACUACGGCGCCGCGUGCGUCCACCUCUGCGACGGCGGGUACGAGCGCAGGGGCGCGGCCAGUCGGGUUUGCCAGUUUGACGGCAGCUGGAGCGACGGCCCUGCGGAGUGCGCUCCCAUGGCGAUCGAGUCGGAUGUGAAAACGGCGUCGGCUCUGCUGCGUCAGUUUUUCCAGAAGAGGCGCCUUCUCAUCCUGUCCGCGCCCGACAUCACCGACCCGGAGUACCACCUGCAGAACGUCAUGUUACAAAAAGCAGACUGCGGAUUACAACUGCGCCACGUGACGCUCAUCGAGCUGCUGGGCUCGUCGCCGCGCGAGACGGGACGCAUCAAGGAGAACAACUUGACCUCGGCGGUCAUCGACGAGUUGAGGCUCACAUUCCGAAUCUCCCGGCAGUACUUCAGCAUGGUUCUGGUGGACAAGCUGGGGCUGGAUCGGGAGCGCUUCAUCAACCCCCUGGCGUCGGAGGAGCUCUUCUCCUACAUCGACAGUUUCGUGCUGGACGAAGACGAGCGGGAGAAGCUCGAGCUCCACAGGGACUUCUGUGAUUCCUAAAGUCAGGAAAUAGAGAGAGAGAGAGAGAGAGAGAGAGAGACUGACAAAGUGACAUGCUCAUCGGGUCAUGAAAAUGAGGAGAGUGCUGAGAAAGGGCCGGAUGGGCGUGGGGCAGGAGGAAAGGUACACGGUUCUGACCUCCCACGCUAAAGUGCUUCGUGCUCAUCAUCAAUAGAAGUCACUUAACGAAAUAGAGCACAACACACAUCUGCAGUACUUGCAUACUCAAAACACUCCUAUCCCAAAUCAAGUUUCUCCACCUACAUCGGAAAUGCCAUUAAUCCAUUUUAGCCUUCCAAAAACACCCCAGAAUUUUGUAUACAUUUUUUUCUCCAACAAAAUAGCACUGCACAAUAUUGUAAUGUAUAAAAGCAUACAGCAAUAACAAAAUAGAAUGUAAAGAAAGCGUUUUGGCCCCCCCACACUUCACUUUCAUCGAACUUAAAUGGUUUUUUUUUUUUGCUUUAACGCCCUUGACUUCAUCAAGUCCUUCUGCUUCACUUAGCAACUUGACAAGAGUUCCCAAUGAUGACACGCUGUAAAAAUGCAAAGUCAAGUUGGAGCGGCCACGUCAACCCAAGUACGACGUCGCAAAGAUUUAGAAAAUCAGGUGAAAUAGAAUUUUUUUUCUGCAAGGAAUGAAUUUAAAAAAAUAAAAAAGGCCUCUUGGGGAAACGCUUUUAUGUUGUAAUGCCUAUAGAAAAUCUGGUAAAGAAAAACAAACAAAAAAAACCAAGCAAAACGGUACAAAACCCUUCAAAUUAGAGUAAAACAGUAUUCUUGAUUACUGUAUUUCUCAAUCUAUCUCCUCCUUUCCCUCAUCUGCUACUCGGGGAACUCUUCUACGAUCAGUUGACAAGUUUCAGUUAUAAAUAUCCACUAACAUGCGCUUAUGGGCCUAAAUUCUGAGGGAUUCUUAAAGUCGAGCCGUUAAAAUUACAGCGACGUCACUUCCCUUCAAAAUUCGACUUAAACAACGCAAAUGGAACAUUAUCGGUGUGAGGCGCAGUGUAGACAGUAGACAAGGUCAUGUGGAGGUCAGAUGAGAUCAAAUCAAGUUCUCAAGUCGAGAUACAACAAAAAUAAUCCAUAAAUGUUUGGUCAAUGUUUAUUGGCUGAAUAGGAUAGUCGAGGCAACUUCGAAGUAACCACGGGUUAAAAAUCUCAUCCAUCUGCAACUUGUUUCCAACAAAGACUUUACAACCCUUGUACAAAUAGUUUCUAUAUUGGUAACAAACAGCAAUCGCUAUAUAAAAUAGAUGAGCGCAAUUGGUUGUGCAGAUUACAAUAUAAAUUGCUUUACACCAUCACAACCUUUUGACACUUUCUGUGUGGUUGCGGUUUAAAAACAAAGCAAGUGAGAGUGUUCCUAAAAUAAUCCCACAUUUGAGUAAUCUUUGGCACAUUUGUCAUCAGAAACAUGUCAAAACUCGAGCCCAAUGAGUGGGAAGCCAAAGCCUCCUCACAGCCAAUCGGCUGCAUGUCCCGUCCUGUCGCUAGGCGAGUUUCUGUUCUUGCAAAAUAAACAUAAUUGCACACAAUCAAAUUGUUUCUGACCCAACAUUUUUUUUCUCUCGCAAAAGAUCCCAGCGUCCUCAUUUGCCCUUCUUCUUCUUCCUCAUGGUGGUACGCAAGGGAAGAGUGCCCUCUGCCCAUGAGUCGGGGUACUGCAUCAUCUUCUGCCACAGGCUGACCUCUUCUCCAACCGAAUCCAUCCCAACUUCAUCGUUUCCCAUUUUGACACUGCCUGAGGGGGGGAAAGGGGUGGCAGGUUGUUAAAUUGUAGUGAAAAUGACAU